GUAAUUUCUUAGGAAAGUCAUUUUGAUAGAGCGCACGAUAAACACAGCACCGCAAAAAGCACAGAAGCAGAGAAAGACGAAGACAAAACAAAAAAAGCUUCCCCCAAGAACAAAAAGUAAAAUUCUCUCUAUGAUUUUGAGAUUUUUAAUUCCUCUUCUCUGAUUCAAUCUCGAGAAGAUGAUCGGUUCUUCUUUGGUGUUUGUUCUUGCUAGUGAUCGCUUUUCUUUAGGUUUUGAGCUUGAUUUUUGUGUGAAAUUCUGUGGGUUUUUUUUUUACUGUUUUGAUCCGUAUUUCUCCUAUGUGUUUAUGCUAGAUUCUGAGAAUUCUGAUGUUUAUUGUUGCUUUUAUAAGUUUCGGUUUAGGGUUUUACGGAUUAGCUUGCUCUUAAUGGAGCUUUGGUUCUUUUUGUGGAUUCAUUGUUUGUGUUGGAGUUAAAUUCUGAGUAGAAUUGUUUUAAGUUUUUGGGGUUUAGUGUAAAACUGAUUUGAAUUUAUUGCAAUUGUGUGUAGAUGGUGCUAAAGAGAAUGAGAAUUGUAGGAGAUUCACAUAGGCUUGUAGUCGCAACACUGUUGUCUCGAUUUUAAUGGUUAGCAUAGAUGAAGAGUCUUCGGGUUUUGUAGUUUUUGUAAAACAGAAAAAAAAAAAAAGAGAAGAAGAGAUGGGAGGUUGCUGUUGUUGUUCUUCUUCACGAAGAGCUGAUGUAGAUAAUGGACCUGCGUACUACUACUACCCAAGGGCAACAGAAGAGCGUGUGCCUUUAUCUUCCGCUCAUAACAGGACUUCCUCUGCAAUCUCUACUGGUGUUGUAGUAGUAGACACAAACUUAGAGACAUCAUCUCCUGAUGCUUAUAUACCACCGCCACUGCCUACCCCUUUCGAUGUGCCUAUAGGGAUUCCUCAAACACCAGCUAGUGGUGAAGAGGCUACUUGUGUUGAUAUAAGAGAGGUUUCGGUGGACUCUGCUAAUACCGAGUCUGCUCAAGAAACAGUUGAUGGUAUUACUCUCGGGGUUCCAACUACAUGCUCACAUAAAGAGACAGAUAGCAAAAUCCAAACAGAGAUUGAUCUUGAAUCUACUGAAGAAAUAGACCCGAAGCUAUCAAAAGCUGUUUUUAUACCAAUAGAGGAAGAGGAGGAUUGUCCCAUAUGUUUGGAAGAAUAUGAUAUCGAGAACCCGAAACUUGUAGCCAAAUGUGAUCACCAUUUUCACCUUGCAUGCAUUCUAGAAUGGAUGGAGAGAAGUGAAACCUGCCCCGUCUGCAACAAGGAAAUGGUAUUUGACUCUACUCUUGACUAGCAACCCGCAAAUGCCGCAUCUUAGAAGGCUCAAUUCUCUCUGUAUCAGAAGAAAGAAAUUGGAGAACAAGAGAAAAACUUAAAAAGAAAAAAUGGGUAAGAAUACACUAAUAGCUGAUCACAAAGUUGGAUUUACGAAACAUGUCAGUGUUGAUAUACAUAUGUUUGUGUACAGACGUUUCAAAUCGUCUACAAAAAAACGGAGAUUAAGAAUUAGAGUUUGUGCUUUAGAUUCACUUCUGUGAAUAAAAAACGAGACAAAACUGAUAAUUUUUCUUCUAGAUGUUUUAAUUUUGGUAAUUCUUGUUUAUAGGUUAUUUUAGGAGUGUUUUAAAGCUGGGGUUUCAAUUUGGGUUUGAUUCAGUUUUUUCUUGAGUUUAAGAAAAAUAUUAAUCAAACUGAAAUUGAGAGUUUGUUAUGUAUGGAUUGGGUUUAUUACGGUUCGAUUUUAGUUUGGUUUAGUGCUUAUUUAUUUUCUUUAUGUUGUUCUGUGAUAUGUAAUAUGAAAAUUGUUUAUACUUACUAGUUUGUAGUGUUUAUGUUUUAGAUUUCUUAGUUCUUCACA